AAAUAAAACAAUCACCAGAAGCAAAUAAGGGCAAGGAAGGAAAAAGAGGUAAAAUGCUCUCACCUUGCAUUAGAGAAGCCUCAGAGACCUGCUUACAUGACUGCUGUCCAGCACCUAAUUUUCUUGGCAAUCAUGGGUCCUCCACCUCCAAUCCUUCAUCAACUCCCAACAAGUCUACAGAAUCAGUAGUCAACAGUUUCAGGUAUGACUUCACUAUUGCAACAGCUUCCUCUCUCUGCCCAGACACCCAAUUUACCAAUCAUGAAUCCCUCCCUUCACUCCAAGAGUCAUAUUCUUACUUCAUCCAAGCCUACCCACAAUUCUCCCAAACUGACCAAGCAGACCACAUCAGAGCCCAUGAAUAUUACCAUCUCACCCUCUCCAAUCAUGUGUGUCUUGAUUACAUCGGACAUGGCCUCUUCUCAUACUCUCAGCAACAAACACAACAUUAUUACCCAACACCUACAAUUGCUUCAACAUCAUCUUCUCCACCUCCUCCUCCUCCUCCUCAAUUGCUUCACUCUCCUGAGCCUCUCUUUUUUGACAUUUCAUACAAGUCAGUAAACUUGCAUACCCAGGUUGUCUAUGGAGGACAAGAAUCAGAGGUGGAGUUUGAAAUGAGGAAAAGAAUCAUGGGUUACAUGAAUAUUUCUGAAUGUGAUUACGCCAUGGUCUUCACUGCCAAUCAAUCAUCAGCUUUCAAACUUCUAGCAGACUCUUAUCCCUUCCAGCAAAAUCCAAGUCUUCUCACUGUUUAUGACUACGAGUGUGAGGCAGUGGAUGUGAUGACAGAGAGCUCCAAGAAAAAGGGAGGGCGGGUCAUGUCCGCGGAGUUCUCAUGGCCUAAUAUGAGAAUUCAGCCAAGAAAAUUGAGGAAACGGAUUGGCAAUAUGAAGAGGACGAGGAAGAAGCCGGGGCUGUUUGUUUUCCCACUUCAGUCAAGGAUGACCGGAGCCCGGUAUUCGUAUAUGUGGAUGAGCAUAGCACAGGAAAAUGGGUGGCAUGUAUUGCUUGAUGCAUGUUCAUUGGGGCCCAAGGACAUGGACACUUUAGGCCUCUCUCUAUUUCAGCCUGAUUUUCUCAUUUGCUCUUUCUUCAAAGUUUUUGGGGAAAACCCAUCUGGGUUUGGUUGCUUGUUUGUCAAGAAAUCCAGUGCUUCAGUGUUAAAGGAUUCAACAUUUGCUUCAAGCAUAGGAAUUGUGAGCCUUGUCCCAGCAUCAAAACCAUCUGAAUACUCAGAGGACUCAAUUUCUAUGGACAUAGAAACUGAUAAAAAACAGUCCAAACUUGAAAACUCAAAGUCCCAUGAAAUUGAAGAAGUCUCCAUAAAGCAAAAGGCACCAUCACUUUCAGAAAUCAUGAAACUAGACAGAGAUCAUCAUUUUGAGUCUAGCCAACCCAAGAGCGCAGAGAUCGAAUGCAGGGGCUUGGAUCAUGCUGACUCUUUAGGCCUAAUACUAAUUAGUAGAAGAGCAAGGUACUUGAUCAACUGGCUGGUGAAUGCAUUGAUGAGCCUGCAGCAUCCACAUUCACAAUAUGGGCAUCGAUUGGUCAGAAUCUAUGGACCAAAGAUAAAAGUCGACCGGGGGCCUAGUCUGGCAUUCAAUGUCUUUGAUUGGAAAGGAGAAAAGAUUGAUCCAUUCAUCGUUCAGAAGCUCGCUGAUCGAAACAAUAUUUCUCUGAGUAAUGGCAUUUUGAAUCACAUUUGGUUCUCAGACAAGCAUGAGGAAGAGAGGGAAACAAAGUUGGAGACAUGUGCAAGUGAUCGACUGGUGCACAAGAGAAAAGAUGGAUGCCAUUCUGGGAUUAGUGUGGUUACUGCUGCAUUGGGGUUUUUGACAAACUUUGAAGAUAUUUAUAGGCUCUGGGCAUUUGUUUCAAGGUUUUUGGAUGCAGAUUUUGUGGAGAAGGAGAGAUGGAGAUACAUGGCUCUCAAUCAAAGGACUGUUGAGAUUUGAAGUAAACUAUACUUAAUUCUUUUGUUCAUUCAAAUUUUGACGGGUUGAAAUGGGUCGGGCCAUAUAUCUACUUGGGUUAGAUUUAGGAAAAGCUACUUGGCCUGGGCCGAGUCUAGACCUAGGCUCAGGAAAAAGAUUUUCCAAGUAAAUAAAUUUAUCAUUUUUGGGUCAA